AACCUUUCAAAAUUUCUCAGUAAAAAUAUUUUUCAAAACUUAAAUUUUAAUUCUAUUUUAGCUCGACUCUUUAUGUUGUAGCUUCACAAAUUCUAAGUAAAAAUCUAGAAAAUAUUUUUAAAAAAAUUAAAGAAUAAUUUCAUAAAAAACGAAAAACAGUACAAAAAAAGAAAUGUGCGAACCAGGAAUUCCUUGUUGUGCCCCAUGUGACCCCUGCUCAGGACCAUAUGAACCCUCUCCUCAAUGUUAUUCUGGAGCUGAAUUAGAAGCUUUGCCACAAUGUGCCCCAAGACCUCCGCCACCAUUACCAAAAUGUGUAACCAUUCAACAGCCACCACGUUUGAUUUGCAAAAAGAAAGUCGUUUUCAAUCAGAAAAUUGUCCCCGAACCAAUGGUUGUUAAUCGUUGUCGCCAAAUCACUAUACCAAAAGUUGUUGAUGUUACACGGGUCAUAAAAGUCCCUAAACUAACUUGGGUCUCACAAAUGAUACGUGAACCAAGAGUCAUUUAUUAUCCAUCAAUGAUUCCUGAUCCAUAUGUUGUAUGCUAUCCAAAGCGAAUCUGUGAACCAAGAGAAGUUUGUCAGACAUUCUUGUGUCAGCCAAAACCUCAAGUUAUUGAUAUACCACCACCGAGAGAGUAUUGCUGCUAUCAAAAUGGACCCAUUCGUUAUAAGCCAAGUCAGCCAUGUCCACCGAAUCCGAUAUCGUCGGGUUGUGGACCGUUGCCUUGUUUUACAAAUGGACAGUAUCCAGUUUGUGAGCCAUCAGCAUGUGGACCUCCGUCAUGUGGACCAUAUCCUCCAUCGUGUGGACCGUGUCCACCAUGUGGUCCUGCGCCGUGUGGACCUUGUGGACCUUGUGGACCGUGUGGCCCUUGUGGAAUUCCAAUGCCAAACGGCCCAGUUAUGACAAAAUGUGGACCCUGCGAUCCAUGUGGUCCUGUGGGACCGUGCGGACCAUGUUUACCAGGACAACCAUAUAUGGCAUGCUAGAAACUCAAAAUUAGUGAACAACUUUGGUAGAAGAUGGCUAAAAAAAUAUUUUUAGAAACUUUUUUGAAUAAAAUUUAUAAAUUACUACAAAAAA